AUGUACAAUCAUCUACCCACCUCUUCUAUAGAAGACUAUUUCUUAAAUGCUUCGGUUUUGCUGGGCAAUCAGGGCCAACAAGAUCAAUCUCCAGCUGCGCAUGCUUCUAGCUGUGGUAGCACGGCAGUUAGUAGUAACAGCAGUAGCAGCAAUAGUUGCAUUGAUGACUUUGACUUUAUGAAUCCAUUACUAUCUACUGGCAUGUUUACCCCGGCCUCCACUAUUGUGUAUGAUGAUGGUAUGUCUUGCUCCUCCUCUUAUCCAAUGUCGAGCAAUGAAGCGAUGAGCUAUUUCUUCUUGCCUACGCCUGCUCUUACUGUCUGCUCCGGGCUAUACGAUGAGCCUUCAGCCAAGAUGGAAUACGAUGAAGUCAAUUGCUUUUCCCCUCCUCAGCAGCAGCGAUUGCAACCACAAGAUAUGUCAUUCUACGAAGAAGAUUACCUUCAACCACAGCAAUAUCCCAACUCACCAGCAUCAAUGUAUUCUACUGAUUCUCUUUAUGUCACAACCAAACAGGAAGCAUUUGUAGCAGCAGAUCAAAUACAGCAGACGGAAGCACAGACCCAAGAAGAGAUGGCAAAAGAGCUUGCCGCAUUCACAACAUUAUCAUCAUCAUUAUCAUCAUCAUCAUCAUCAUCAUCAUCAUCAUCAUCGUCAUCAUCGUCAUCAUCAUCAUCCACUACCACAACAUCCCGUCCAAAACUCUUUGCCUGCAUACACUGCAAUCGCACAUUUGCUCGCAAGUAUGAUGCUGCAAGACAUAAGCGAAUUCAUACAGGCGUCAAGCCCUACUUUUGUCCUUGCUGCAAUAAGGGAUUCGCUCGCUCUGAUGCUCGGGUCCGUCAUUUUCGCACAGAAUACAAAUGUCGGGAUGGUGCCGAUAAAAUACAGCAAAAUCGACAACGAAAUCACAAGUAA